UUUGCCUCCCGCAUUCAAUGAACUCCAGCGCACCCGCAUGGUCUCCAAAAGCGCCACGACCAUCCAGGCGCUGGACGCUUUCAUUGAGCAGCAACGGCAGGCCCUCGCCCGCACCCAGUCCGACCUAGGACGUCUUCGCUCCUUGCAACAAGAGACGGCGGCGCGGCCAGAGAGCUCGCUCCGGAAUUUCUCCAAGCUUACCGACGGCGGUUUCGGCCUUGCGAGCGUCGCAGAGUGCUUGGUGGACGUACCGAAGGAGAUCGACUGGUCGCUCUACGACUCACACGACGCGAGCGCGCUCCAACAGCUCACCGCCAAGACCAAGGAAGCGCAAGCCGCACGACGGGCACCCACAAAGACGCAAACCUCCCCCCUAUCCAGCCUCCAGCAGCUCGUCAAAGAUGCCCGCACCCGCAUCGUCGAUCCCGUCUUCGCCAUGUACCCCGAUCUCGCCACCCUGUCGGAGCCACCGCCGGCCGAACCUCCCAAGCCGCCAGACGCCGCCACACUCAAGAAGCAGCGCGAGCACGAUAAGCUGCGCGAUAUGCGCACCCGCCGACUCGUCUGCGACCCGCCCGCUGCCAACGCCAACGGGCAGGAGCCGGGCGUAUUCGUCCGCCGCGACGCCGAUGACGAAAGCAUGGAUGUCGACGUCGCCGACGACGCCCUCGCUCGACAUCCCACCCCACGACUGGAUCCAGACUCGUCCACUGCAUCAGCGGCAUCGCCGUCGAGCGCCGGCCUUCCCACUCCACCACCACCUUCAGCAUCCGGUUUCAAGAUCAUUAUACCCAAGGGUGCCGCUCGCCAAUUACCGCCUGAGACACUGGAUGCACCUAUACGCUCCCGCCGACAACGCAAAGAUACGCUGAGAAUGUCCGCGCUCAUUCAGGACCAGCCCGAUCCUGAACCACCUCCGGCUUCCUGCCUUGGAAAGCGCACGCGGCAGCGCAGCAGUCCCUCGCCGCGAGUCGUCAUUCCUACUACAUCUGCAUCUGCAUCCUUCCCGACCCCCACAUCCAUUGCCACUCCUGCAUCCCUCGCCGCUUCCGCUUCUCUUGCGACACCCUCCUCCCCUUGUGCCUCCACCUCUCAGCUUGACACGCCGAUCGAACCGCCAACCGACACUUCGCCGAAGAAGAAAGGUCGCCCAAAGUCCUCCACAUACAAGGUACCCUGGACGGACGAGGAGCAGCGCCUGCUCGAGCGUCUAUUGCAGGAAAUUCCGGAGGGCGAGAGUUUCCGAUGGCAGAAGAUCUCGCGCGCGAUGGGCGGGAAGCGAACACCGCGGCAGGUCUCGAGUCGCGUGCAGAAAUACUUCGAGAAGCUGAAGGCGUUCGGCGUGGGCGACGUGGGGGAGGAGGACGAGGCGAUUGAUGUGGAUUGAGGGUGGCGAGGGAUGGGCGCGAGUCUGUUCAUGCAGUCGACUGAGGAUGGGGGAAUGAGGCUGGGAUGAUGAUGAUGAUUGAGGCCAGGAGGCGGAUGUGCCGAGAUGGGUGGCGAGAGGGCGAGAUGCUCGCGAGGGAUAACGGACAAUCUUGGUGUACGGGCAUUGGCGGUGUACGGUGCUCAUGGCUUUUUUGACUCAGCGGUCGCCCAGAAUGUACUACGGGCGGCGCUUUAGGCGCACCCUGGGGUGGUGCGCAGACGCACCUCUUGGUGGUGCACCGACGCUCCUCGAAGUGGUGCACAGACGCACUUCAGGGCGUCUCAUACGCAACUAACUUAUGCGAAUAUUGACUAAUUGUGUACUUUACGCUACCAUGAUAGAUGUUCGGUCGGUCUCGAUGGA